AUGAGCAGCUCAUUCGCAACCCAGAAGCUAAAUGGCAAAGUGGCAAUCAUCACCGGUGGUGCAAGCGGGAUCGGGGAAGCCACCGCCCGCAAGUUCGCCAAACAUGGCGCACUCGCGGUGAUGAUCGCGGACGUGCAAGAAGAAAAGGGCCGUCAAGUAGCCGAAUCGAUCGGGUCGGAUCGCUGCACUUUCGUCAAGUGCGACGUCACGGACGAGGAGCAAGUCGAGUCCCUGGUGAAGUCAACGGUGGAAAGACACGGUCAACUCGACAUCAUGUUCAGUAAUGCAGGGAUGGCCAGCAAAUGUCCGCAGGACACGCUGAGCUUUGAUCUGGACGCGUACGAGAAACUCUUCUCGGUUAACGUUCGCGGCGUGGCGGCCUGCGUGAAGCACGCGGGGCGGGCCAUGGUGGACCGGGGCGUUCGGGGAAGCAUAAUAUGCACGGCCAGCGUCCUGGCGUGUUGCGGAUCGGAAUUCAGUAUAGAUUACACGAUGUCGAAACACGCGGUGUUGGGAUUGGUCCGGUGCGCGAGUGUAGGCCUCGGAAAACAUGGAAUACGGGUGAACUGUGUGGCGCCGGGGCCCAUCGCGACGCCUUUGACGUGCGGCGUUACGGGGCUGAGCCCGGAGGAGCUGGAGCAGAAGUUUGAGCCUGAUUUUGCUAUGAAGAAGUCGGGUUAUUUGAAACCGGAACAUGUUGCUGAUGCUGUGUUCUUUUUGGCUAGUGAUGAUUCCAAGUUUGUCACCGGUCAUCCCUUGGCUGUCGACGGUGGUUUUGUAGCCAGGAAUAUUUAA